UCUUAUCUUAAUUUAUUUCAAUUAAAGUAGUCUGAGAUCCAGUCAAUUAUUAAGUAAUUAGUUACAUUGUCGGUUCGUCGUUAUGCUGUUGGAACAACUUUUGGUACUAUUGUUGGUUUUGGUAGCACAUGGCGAUCGUUACCAUCCUGAUAUAGACUUGCAAUUUGAAGCAGAAGAGGGGACGACUCGUACUAAUGCUGUUCCAUUGGAUGUAGAAUAUACGGCCCAGUACUGGUAUGAGGAAGCGCACGAAGCAAUUAAUAAAAAGGAGGCGCGCUUCCAAGGCCAUGGAAUCGCACGCAACGUGAUUAUGUUCUUAGGCGAUGGAAUGUCCGUCCCCACACUGGCCGCCGCGCGUACUCUGUUGGGUCAACGCCAAGGCCGCACUGGCGAAGAAGCUCAACUCUCGUUCGAAUCUUUUCCAACCAUCGGGCUCUCCAAGACGUACUGUGUAAACCAACAAAUAGCUGAUUCGGCAUGCACUGCAACCGCGUACCUAUGUGGUGUGAAAAAUAAUUAUGGCACCUUAGGUGUGACAGCGGCAGUGCCUCGUCACAACUGCUCUGCCUCAGAAGACCCUGCCAACCGCUUGGAAUCGAUCGCAGCUUGGGCACUCGAGAAAGGAAAAGACAUUGGUAUAGUAACUACGACCCGUAUAACACACGCGUCACCCGCUGGCGCCUAUGCUAGAACUGCCAACCGUAACUGGGAACAUGACGGGAACGUGCGCGCGGCAGGUUUUGAUCCUGCAAGCUGCCCAGACAUAGCAAACCAGCUCAUACACACGCUGCCCGGCAAAGCUUUCAAGGUUAUACUGGGAGGUGGAAGACAAAAUUUUCUUCCUAAUACUGUAAGAGACGACGAAAACAUGUUAGGAUUAAGAACAGACCAAAGAAACCUUAUCGAGGAGUGGCAAAAUGAUAAAAGUGAGCGUAAUUUAAGUAACGCUUAUAUAUGGAAUAGAGAGCAACUUAUGAAGAAUAUGGAAUCACCACCUGAAUACCUACUGGGACUGUUCGAGGCCAAUCACCUCCAGUAUAAUUUGGAAGCCAACAAAACAACUGAGCCCACACUCGCAGAGCUGACGGAGAUAGCGAUACGGUCUUUGAAUAGGAACGAGAAAGGAUUUUUCUUGUUCGUAGAAGGUGGGCGUAUAGAUCACGCGCAUCACGCGAAUUAUCCGCAUCUGGCACUGGAUGAGACUAUAGAGUUGAGUAAAGCUGUAGAACGCAGCAUGGAAUUGCUGCCUGAAGACGAUACGUUGUUAGUGGUCACGGCUGACCACGCACACGUCAUGGCUUUCAAUGGGUACAGGCGACGUGGUGGAGAUAUUAUCGGCCGAUCUGGGAGUUUAGAUUUGAAUAGAGUUCCAUAUAUGACCAUAUCAUACACUAAUGGACCUGGCGCUCGCGCACAAACAGAGGGAUUACGUCCAGAUGUUCUUGAUGAUGACAAUUAUGGUAGUCCACGUUGGCGUACUCACGCGGAUGUACCUCUAGGCUCAGAGACGCAUGGUGGUGAUGAUGUGGCAGUAUUCGCGCGUGGACCGCAUCACCACAUGUUUGCGGGACUAUACGAACAGAGUCAGAUACCACACUUAAUGGCGUACGCUGGCUGCUUCGAUGGUGCCGCUGAAACUCACAAACAUUGCAAUGCAAAUGCUGCUCACUCGUUAGGGUCACCACUCCUAGCUGUACUAUUACUAGCGAUGAUAUCUUUUGCGUGCCAUACAUAGUUUUAUAUAAAUUAGGUGUAAAUAUAUUUCAUAAUUCAUUAAAAUAUUUUAUU